AAUUGACUACAUUUACGUUUAUGUUUUCUAUGUACUCUUCAAACUUUGCCAUUAAAAUUGGUGUUACCUGGUGUGGUUGAAAUAAAGUUACACCAGUGUGAGGCACAAUAGAUUUGCGAGAGCUUCAAUGUUGAAUCCAUUGAAACGUUCAACAGACGCGCACUCAACAAAGAGGGAGAGUGAGACAUCUGCACACAGAAAUGUCAUUCUGACGUCUACGGUGGAAGUUCAGAGUUCAGAGGUAGCACACGCUGCUCUACAUGUGUUGUUGUUGUUGUCAUGUUUUCAUUCAAAAAUUAAACGACAAUGGCGAAAAAUAACAAGAACAAACCCAUCGGACCAGGAAAGAAAAGAGACAGGAGCAGACCACAAUCGAGUGACCAGAAGACCAAACGAGAUGGUAAACCAAAGAAAACCAAAGAAGUCGAUCACCUGGAUCACAUUCCGUUUAAGCUUAGAGAGAUAAUGAAGAGCAAGGACAAAAUUAAAAAUGGAACUCUAGUAUCCAAAAAACAUAAGGCUAUCACUUCACGAAGAAAACCAGAGAAGUCCAUGGACAGUGACAUACCUGUGCCACAUUUCAAGAGGCGAAAGAACGAAAGUGAAAAAGCUUAUUUGAGGCGCAUGAACAACGAAACCAAUCAUGUACGCUUCCUCACUAAAAAUCAGAUAGAUAGAAAGCCAGAGUUGGAUGCAGACAAACAGGAGAAGCCUGCGAAGAACAAAUCUGAUAAAAAGAAAGAGUUUGAUAAAAUGAAGUUACAGAAGCUACAUCAGAAAAAGUUGAACAAGAAAGAAGCCAAAAUGGAAAAGGAAAUGUUUGUAGAUCAUGUUCCGUUUGGAGAGGUGAGCAUGGCUCCACCAACGUUGAACAUUAAACCCAGAAAAGCUCAGAUCAAGUCCCAGAAUUCUACCAAAGACUUGCUCCUCAACUCUCUUCUUGGAAACACAGCGUCCUCCAUGGCCAAGCCCUCCAUGGCCCGACAGAGAAUCAUGGAAGAGGAGCGUCAGCGAGCAGUGGAGGCCUAUCGUCAUCUGAAGAAGCAGCAGCAGCAGCAGCAGCACGAGGCCAAGAAUUUCAGUCAGGCCAAAAAGAGAACUAUCAGUGAUGUGUGACAUCACUCAGUUUCAGGUUUAGCUUUUUUUGCACUGGACAGUAGAGUUGAUGAGCUGCUGAAUGUGAGGUAAUCAUCAGCAGCACAGAUCCAGACUCAAACCCUGACUUGGACUCUGGAUGUGAUUUGACGAGGUGCAGCUUACCAAGUCAGGUGGCAUCAGCAAACAUUUGCAUCCACGGGUCCAAGUUUGUGGUAAGAUUAACGUCAUCCUGUCAUUUUCAUAAUUGUAGUUCAACAGAAGCUCCAGUAUAAUCAUAAAAAUACAGUCGACUGUUGUUGAUACGUUUGUAUAAAAACACACUUUUUGUGAUUUAGAUAAAGGACAAUUAACACACAAAAGAUGUUAAAUUAUGUACUCACACUAGAUGGCAGUGUUCCAGCUUUUUUGAGCUGGUCUAACACAUCCUAAUGUGUUUUUCUUUUAAUAAAAUGUAUUUUUCAUCCAUA